AUGGCAGCCGACGUUUGCGCUGAGCAGCUACCAUCAACAUCAUAUGCGACCACGGCGACAAUUUCACCGUCCUCAAACACGUCAAUCAUGCAAGCUUCACAAGCAAUAAUCAAGGUAGCAACUUCUUCCACCACUCUUCUCCUCGGAUCGUAUCAUAUGAGUCAAAAUACAUCGCCAAUCUCAUUUAACAAUCAUCAGGAUGAUGAAAAAGCUGGAACAGCAUUUGCAAUAUCAUUAUUACCACCUGAAAUACAUUUGCAUAUUUUGAAACAUUUACCACGAUACGAUAUUGAUAAUUGUCGAUUUGUUUGCAAAAGAUGGAAGGAAAUGAUCGAUCGUAAUAGUCAUUCACUCAGGAAACAUCUCAUACAAAUGCUCGAACUUCGAGAAUAUAAAUCUCGAUUCAUCCUAACUUUAAAUUGUUCAAAUCUUCUAAAAAGUUGGACAUUUUGCGAACAUAUUGCCACUCGUCCGUCUUUUGGCCUUGGAAAACGUCGACGUACGAAGACUUUAACAACACUUUGCAAUAAUGAAGAACAAGAACAACAAGAACAACAACAACAACAACAGCAACAACAACAACAACAACAACAACAACAACAACAACAACAACAACAACAACAACAACAGCAACAACAACAACAACAACAACAACAACAACAACAGCAACAACAACAACAACAACAACAACAACAACAGCAGCAGCAACAACAACAACAACAACAACAACAACAACAGCAACAGCAACAGCAACAGCAACAGCAACAACAACAACAACAACAACAACAACCAUCUCCAGCAAAAUUACCUCAUUUACUCAUUUAUAUGGGACAGACUUCAUCGUCUAAUUCUUAUUUACCAGUCUUAGUGCCAAACCCAUCAAAUGAUAGUAAUUGGCAUACGGAGGAUCACAAUGAGCGAAAACAACGAGAACAUACGCCAUCGCAAUUAUUAUGCGAACGAUUAGCGAAAUAUUUUCGUGAAACGGAUAUUCAUUUCUUAAGAUUAACUGAACUACGAUUUACGGAUAAUUUCAUUGACCGACUUUUAGAAACUUUUGGAACAUGUAAAAUACGAUGUAAAAAAGUGGAAAUAAGUAUGUGUAAGCUAAAUUAUGUGUCACCAAAAAAAUUCCAUCAAUUUCUUCAAUUAAUUGAAUGUGAUAAAUUAUCACUUAUUUGGUUACGCGGUAAUCAUGAACAUAUAAACAAUUCUCAACAAUUUCUUUCUGAAUUUCUUGGCCUCAGCUUUUUGAGUAUUUUUGCGCUUACCCCACAAAUAGCUAUCGGUGACGAUGAAUUCUUGGCUAAAUUUUUGGAAGGUAAAGCGACGAAAUAUUUGGAAGAAACAAUACUUCGAAUAGACAACAGCUUAAUCACUACAAAUGGAUUCUGUCAAGCAAUUGAUAAAUGGAAACAGACUAAUACACAUUGGAUUUUGAAUAUUUGCAUUGGUUCAGAAUACAUUAUUAUUGAUGAAAUUUUGAAACAUUUAUCAUUGAAUGAAAGUAAGCCACGGCAAGGUGCAUUCCGGAUAACUCAUCCACAAUUACCGGAUGAAACACUUUUGCUGUGGAACGAUAAGGAUGGUGUACAUAUAGCUAGCAAUGCAAAUUCAGUUUCCGGAUUGUAA